GAGGACUUCGCCCCAACAAUCUGGCCGCAGCAGUGCGGAGUGUGUACGGGUCUAGAGGGAAGAUCAGACCGACAGAAUCAUGAAGACCCUCGUAGCUGCCGUGUUCGUGACGAUUCUGGCUUCGGUAUGGGCGGCGGACCAGCCGAAUCUGGAGGUGAAGGAAGUCAACAACAAGUGUGUGUGGACUCUGAUGACAGAUGUGCCAAAAACAGGAGGUUGUCCGGCCACCUUCCCCGGUAAGGCCACCUUACAGAAGUACGCCGGGGCCGUGAAGGACAUGACUGCCAGGUCCAAAAAGCUGGAAGAGGACGCCAAAUCUGCGAAUGCACCUGUGACAAACCGCAUCACGCAAGCUCUGAUUGAGAGAACGGAGGCUGAACAGGAAGUGAACGAAAUCACCGCCGCCAUCACGAACAUCGAGAAUUCCAACAAAGCGUUGACUCAGAAGGUUUCCGGCCUUUCUGCGCAGAUCAGAACUCUAACUGGGAAGAUGACUUCCCUUGAAACUUUAGUCAGCAAGCUGGUGCCAUGAGUCAGCGGCUGAGAUGUGCCGUGCGUGAGAACAACCGACUCCGUGUCAAGCCCAGGCAGUUUUCUGUUAGAACAUUGUGUAACCAAUAAAUGUGCUAUAAAACUACAACCUGUCUCGAUUCUUUCAUUCUGUAUUGAAUAAAGAAUGGUUCAAACAAA